AUGAGUGUGUUUGUUGAGAGUGGGCUGUCUGUGGAAGGAGGGAUUAAUGCUCCACCUCAAAAUAGGAAGAACAAUCAGAGAUCUAUCCAUAUUCACCACAUACUGGAGGUAAGCAGACACAGUGUUUGACUCAGGUUUUAGACCAUCUAUGAAUAACCAGUGUAGUUUCUGAGGUGGUCAUGUGUUGGUUUCAAACCUGCAGGAAUCAGUGAUGGCUGAAGAAACUAAGCAGACAUGCUACGAGGGAAACUCUGUUCAAAGCUUCCAGUUCUACCUCCAACACUCAGGAGAACACGACGCUAUUCUGAAGACCGCUCAUGAUGUCCUGCCGGCACAGUUUCAGAGGUACGACAGGAAAAUCUGGGAGUGCUUCAUCAUCUAUUUAUUGUUUGUCUAUAUGUCCAUAUUGUCUAGAUGUCUGUAAUCUGGAAAAGAAAAAACAAAACUGUACAUUUUUUUUGUUGUUGUUGUUCAAAGUUCUUAUUCUGAUUUUGACCAUUUUCUAUGUGCUUUGCAAAUGUUGUCUCUGAAGACAUGAAAGGAGACCUGCAGGGGUUUGUUAGAAUGUAGAGUUAAAUUAUGAAAAGAUGUGUGUUUUAAAAUACUUUCAACCACUUUAAUUAGGAAAUAUGGCCACGCAAAUGCAACGAUAAAUACAGACAUAAAGAUCCACAUAAAUGUAUUCUUGUCACAUUGAGCUAAACUAAAAUUUUAUUUGUUCAUAAUCUCUUUUCUCUCUAAUAUGUUGAUGUAGAAUUGCAGCAGGUAAAAACAGCCUGGAUGUCCUCGGUGUUGGAAGUGGUGGAGGUAAGUCAGAAGAUAAAGUGAUAAUGUUUGAUGGCUGCUAUCUACAAAAAAACGACCUGGACACGGCUUCACUAUCAUUUUAUACAGAAGUAAAACAGAGGGUGAUCAUGAGUAUAGUCUCUUUUUGCUGCUAGGAUUUUAUCGUGUUAAAUAUUUACAUUAUGUUAUCCAAUGAUGUAUUUGGCAAAUACAACCAGUGCCUCUGCUGAUCACUGCAUGGUUUGAGAGUUGAGGGUAUUUUUGUAUGUCAAGCACUUAUAGCACAGAUAAAUAAUAUGUUAUGUUAUAUAAUAUGUAAAUAAAAAUUAUGUAUUUUGAGUUUUUUUCAUGAUUAACCAUCUUGAAAAAUCUCUGCAAUGAGAAUCUACAGAUUAAUUUGGACAAAGAUACGUUUCUGGGGUGAUCGUCAAAGUUGUCUUGGAACUACUGAGUGAGAAAAGGUUCACUUUAAACUUCAUCAUCUAUAUUUGACUUUGGUCUUAAAUAAUGUGAACUAAAGGUCCUCCUUAUGAGCUGCUUGUCCUGCCCAUGGUUAAAGGCCUGGAAUGAGAACUCCUGACUAACAGGUGGGAGUUUGCUUUGACAGGUUACAGACAGACUCAUCCCAGUCUUAUACCAGACUCAGUCACUGAUCCUGCACGAAGGCUGACUGAUCAUGGUCGCCAACAACUUCUAGCUUCAGAAAUGUUUGUUACAAUCAAACAACUUCUAUUUGGUACAACGAGGUCUUAAUGAGGCGACAUUUUUCUGAGUCAGUGAGAUUUUCUUGUCCAAAAACGACCAUCUUUCUUUUUUCUGUAUAGGUGAGGUGGAUAUCCAGAUCCUCACUCUGCUCCAGUCCACCGUCCCGUCUGUCCCGAUCAGCGCUGACAUUGUGGAGGGCAGCACUGCACUUACAGACAACUUCAAAAGUACAGUCCCUCUCUUCUAUCUGUCACUUUACUUCUCAGACUUUGGUGACUUCUGAGGUUUUGAGAUUUUGUUCUACUAAUCCUUCUACUGCUCUGUUAAUGCUGGUCGCUUAUGAACACAAAUAUAAUAACAGCGUGAUAUUCAUGUAAAUACUGCUCUGAACAAAAACUAUCAAACUCUUUUGGUUUGGCACCCAGGACUACUCUGAUCCACAUCCCACACAGCUCUGAAAAAGGGUCCUGCUUUGACUCCAGCUCUAACUCUGCACUGACACUUUACCCUGAUAUUAAACCUUCCUAUGAACUCCUGAUCAAUAACUGGCCGCUCCCUGGAUAUUGUUCAGGAAUAUUUUGUGUCGUUAUCUGCCAGCUCACUGUUUCCCCCUCUUGUUUACAGCAUUAGUAGCAAAGACCGCGACCCUUAAGAAGAUCCCGUUUGUUUGGCACACCAUGGGCAGCGAGGGCUACGAGAAGCAAGUCAGGGAGAAAGGAGACAAGAAGAGAUUCGACUUCAUUCAUAUGAUUCAGGUAUUUUCACGUGCUGCUUCAUGGAUAUUCAGACCGACUUUCCAAAUACCAACAGAUGUUGGAGUGUCAUUUUGGCCUCUGUGACCUUUGACACAGCAGACUGAAUUCUGUUUUGGACAGUUGGUCAUCUUCCUCUGUGUAGAAGACUAUAUUAAUUCAGUUCCCUACAAAGUACAUCUGUUAGAACCAGCUCUAGAUCAACUCAGCAGAUCCUUUUCCAGUCUGCAGAAAAACUGGUCUUGACUUCAUCCUUGGAGUUCGACAAACUGUGUUCCCUUGUAUGAAAACAGGCUUGAACUCUCUCCUUGACAGAUGAUCUACUAUGUAGAAAAUCUUAACGACACGAUCAAGUUCUACCACAGCCUUCUGAAGAGCAACGGAAGACUCAUGAUUAUUAUUGAAGCAGGUCAGUGGAAUUCCUCAUUUUCUGAAUUUCUUCCUGUUCUUCUUCUUCUUCUUCCUGAAUUGUGUGCUCGUCUCCUUCAAGGCUAAACAACUGCGCUGUGAUGCAAGUCUGAAAUUCAUGCAAUAUUUUCUCAUGCUGUUUUGUCCCUUCCUGCCCACUGUAGUUUUGCUAUAAAUACAGACUUUCACAGCAUAAGAUACAGCUGCACUCACUGUAGAAUCAAAAACUCUCAGUAGGAGGUUUCGGUCUUUUUAGCCGCGUUUCUCCUGAAUAUUAGCGACAUAUUGAUGUGCUCUCCUCGCUCAGACACUGAUGUUGGGAGCAGGGUUCAGGUCCCUGUACAGGGAGCAUUAUUAUUGGAUAGGAGGUUUAUCUGAAAACACUUCUUUUCAGAAGAAGAAAUCCUGCUGGCCUUAUUCUCGUCACACACAUCACCUCUUAUGUGACCAAAAGCCUUUGCUAUUAGUUUGAAUCAGAUUUUCUAACCGAGAAGCAAAACAACCCAAAACACCUGCUACAGCACAGAGCUGCCGUCACAACACCUGGUCACGCCGAGGUUAAAGGAAAGUGCUGACAGGAAAAAUCAUAGUUUAAUAUCGUCCGAAUAAUUCACACAUGCAGCAAACCUGCGCAGUUUUGGGAUGUUUUCAGGCUUUUGUUGAAGUGUAAAGAACAUUCCUUCAUGAAUUCAUUUUGAAUUUAAAUUAUUUGAGAUGAACUAUUGUGAUGCAGGAGUUACAUACGAUGAAUCAUCCGUCAGAUAGGGGUUCCUGUAUCGCUCAGAAGGAACCACAUGUACGAACUUCAUGGUCCUGUUUGCAGUGGUCGUAGUUUUGGUCUUUCUCAGUCCCGACAGAACUUGGUUGAUGUCACCCCCUCUCUCUCGCUCGCCGCCGUAUUUCAAACUGAAGGAUAAAAACAGUUUUUAGGUACUUUACUUUGUUAACAUGAUGCUCAUGAUUUCUGGCGUGUUUAAGUGUCUUUUCAGUUUUUGUGUUGAAUAAUUAACAAUCAAACAAAUGAGAGGGUAUGUUAUAAAAGCCAUGUGUUAAAGACAGAUGAAGCCCUCCUCGGAACAAACUAACUUGACUGAGUCGUCAUAAAUGAACGGAGUUGAUCUGAGAUUAAUCUUGUUCUUAUCUUGUUCACUCCAGCUGGUGGGGGCUGGGAUACCCUGUGGAAGACCUACAAGAAAGAGCUCUGUGUGGACGCCAUCUCAGUGUACCGCUCAUCAGAAGACGUGAUUGCUUGUGCGAAGGAGCAGGGUCUCAAAUACGAGGAGUUUGUCGUUCCCAACACGUUUGACAUCAGUGAGUGCUUUAAUCCGAGCAGCCUGACCGGAGGACGUCUGCUCAGUUUCAUGACUGCACAAGAUCAUUUUCACCAGUCCUUCACCCCGGAGACCAGAGCCGGGAUAUUAGAUCUGCUCAGAAACAAGUGCAGCGCUCAGAAAGAUGGCAGGGUGUUAUUCGACAGCACUCUGAGCUGCAUACUCAUUCAUGCCUGAGAUUCUUAUAGAUUCCUGCUUUAUUUCCAGCUUUUGCUUUUUUGAACCAUUUGAUGAGAAGUGUAAAAUGUUUUAAAGCUUCGUACAAAUGUAGAUGACCCUCUUUUAGCUUAACAUUGAUCUCUAAUCUAUUGAAUUUCACUUUAGGGAUCAAUUAAGUUCUUCCUCUAAAAGUUGGAACAUCAAAAUGAUAAACUGUCAAUUAAAAAAGCUUUAAAUAACCUUUUUGUUGUAGAAAACUUGUGAAGCAAAAACCCUACACCUUCACUGUCUGAAAUAUAGUUCAGAUAUAAGUUCACCGACAUCUUUAUUUAAAGUUUAUUUAAUGGGACCUUUCAGCUCUGGACCUGACAACUUCCUGUUUUUAUACAUCGCUGCUGAAACUUCUGAUCUCCAAAAUCACAUCUUUACAGAAAUACAGCUGUUUUCAGAUUUCUGGACUUUACAUGCAAUUCAGUUAAAAACUGUAUUUGAACACUUUAAUCUCAUAUAUGAUGUUAAGCCUCAAAAUGACGUGGGCUGCCCUUUAAUACGUUAUCUGAUACAUGAUAGUUCUGUGACUUACAGCUCCUAUGACAUUAACCUGGUUGUUUUGUUGUAUACACCUCACAUUAACUGCUGUCAGACAUGAUCACAAACUCAUGGUCGUAGUGUAUUAGACUGUAAAGUGACUCUGGUGGUGUUGGAGCAGGUGGUCUGAGGUUUAGUCGUGUACUUGAAGAAAAGCUGUCACUCCUGCACUGAAUCAUGGGAGAAAUUAGAGGGCUGUUCUGGAAACUUCAUGAAAGUUCUUGUGGGAAAUUCAGAUUUGUAAAAAAGCGAUGAUCACAGACCAACGGUGCCUUCUUAGAGUAUUUACUGUGGUAAAUGUAAAAAAGGCAAAUGAUCACUACAGUUAUUAUCUACCUUGUUUUCUACAGCAGCUUUGGUUUGCUUCAUUCGAUCAUAAAGAGGCGUGACUGUAAGUUUCAACCUGCUUCAUGACAGUCAAAAACAUCAGAGCUGACUGCAGAGCUGACAUGUCAGGAUAGAUGUUAUUUACAUCCUGCCAACACUGUUGAACAGAGUUCCUCAAUCAUGCAUGUUCAAAAUGCAGUUUCUCUUGCCUACAUCAUGGUGGCAGCAGCGCUCUGUUCCUGGUCUGAUCAUGUUACCCCUGCUGGGACCGGUCUUGUUACGUCACCGAGGAAGAGGAGGGCUGAUUGUGAAGGUUUCAGGAGAUGUAAACUGCUGUGAUUUUCUAAUAAAGAGUAAAACUGAUUUUUCUCAGAGGAAAAUCCAGACGUUUAAUCUUUUAUUUUUACAUUCAUUUCAUUCAAUGAGAACAUCAUCUAAACGGGUCUGGUACCUGCUGUGGUCCAUACCAGUAAAUCCUGAUCGCAUUUGUCUCUGAUGUGAGAAGGUGGUUCAAACAUUUGGAGAAGAAAUUCAGGUUUCUCAAGACAAAUGAACAAAAUCUGAGAGAAAGAAAUAAGCCAAGCUAUUUUUAUUUAUGCACAUUUGUUAAGAUAAGACCACAAACAAACAGACAAUAAAAAACCUGCAGCUGGCUCUACGGACGGGUGACACUGAAUGUUUGACUUCAAUACUGAUACUUGUUUCUGUGGUUUUACCAAUAUUGAUCAGAAUACUCAUUAAGAAGUGCAAUAAUAAUAAUAAUAAUAAUAACAAUCACAUAGUCUGUGCAAAACCUCGAAAAAGAGGGCUAAGAUGAUGCAGGAACGCUAAAUUCAUCAUUACAUACAUCCCUUUAAAAAAGUCUUAUGAUGAUUCAAAGCUGAAAAAUGCUUUCUGUGACUCUUCUGCUGUUUGCAUCUUUAAAAUCAUUUUGUGUUCAAACAAGUUACUCGAGUUUGAACUGAGAGAAACUGUCUUUGAAAAUAUUUAAAGACAGCAGCAGACGGCACGAUGAAUGUUCACAGCGGAUGUUGAAGACAAGAGAGCAGUAUGUUGGAGAGGGGUAAGUGCUGUUGUGUGUGUGUGUGUGUGUAUGUGCACAUUCUUCAUGUCUUGAUUGGUCCUCACGGUCAUGUGACGUGGGCGAGUGAAAAAAAGAGCUGCCCUAAAACAGGUGGAGGCGAAGCUGCAAUAGACACUUUACAAAAGCAUCAUUUGAUCGAGUCCAUUUCUUUAAAAGCAAAUAAGACAAUUACAGUCUGUAAAUUUCAGAGUAUCACACCUCAUUAUUAAUAUCCCUAUAUUAAAACAGACCUGAUUCAAGGUACGUUGUGUUUUUGUAGCAUUUUUUCCAAGUAGUGGAGUGUAUUUUGUAGAAGUGUGUUUGAAUUAUUUUAUAAUGGUUUAAUUUCCGAUGACUAAGAAGAAUUUUCACUAAAUGUAGUUAAAUAUUCUACAGACUGAACCUUUAAUUAAAAAAAUACAUAUGUACAUAUAUAAGCUAAACUCUCCUUACUGUGGAUAAUCAAUAACAUUUGAUGACGUGUGUCACGUCUUUGAUUGAAUUUCUCUGUUUUAAACUGAUUCCAGGUGACGGUUCUCUCUUUAAGUUUCACAGGAUGUUUCCUGAUACUCGGUCUUUAGGUCAGCUGGUUUAUGACGAUCACCUCAAGAUUGUUGUUAAAGAUUACUUUACCAUCAGACUCAACGCUACAGUCUGGAUCCCGAAGUAAAUUCAGGACACCAGCCUUCAGCUCAGCUGAGGCCAUCUUGCUGAAGUCCUGCACCUCAGUGAGAAAAUCCAGAAGCAGCUCACCUUUCUCAUCCCCCUCAGAGAAACACUCAGUAAUAUCCAUUUGAGACGGCAGCACAUAGUUUUGGUAUCUCACUCCUCGAGAUUCCAGGAAGCUUUUGAUGUCUCCGGUGGUCACACACUGGCUUAUUUCUGUGUGGCAGAGAUCGUUCCUGUAAGUUCGCCAAAGCUUUCCCCAGCCGCUGUCGCCUGGAACGAAGACAUGAAGAGAAGAAAGUCGAGAGUUUUAAAAGACGUCAAAUGCAAAUGUGUCGUAACGGUGAGAAGUGGCAUCAGAACUUUUUGACAAACUGUAGCUGGACAUAUGAGGCCAACAGGCUGAAAAGAAUCAGAAUCAGCUGUACUGGCCAAGUGUGAGUACACAUACAAGCACUUUGACUCACACAGGGUUAAAGGUCAUAAUAACGCCCGGUUUACUUCUGGACUGUCCGGUUUACUGUACAACCACGAUUCCAACAACCUUAACAAUCCCAGGCUCUUCUAGAAGAAUAUCCACCUUAUUCCCAGGCCCCAUGAUGCCUUGCAUGAAUUGUGGGCGUGUGCCUUCAGUAACUGGAUGCGGAGCCGACAUUUUCCACAGUAUCUGUACGCUAAUCGUGAUUAUUAAAGCCAUCAAAGAUGAAAACAACGUGGGAACAUCAUCUGUCAUCUCAAACAGGACGAUGUUAUCACUCCCUCGUUGUUUUGGGUGCUCCAAAGAUUUAACUCCGUCUUUAGUACAACUGUGCAUGGCUCAACAUGCAGCAGAACUCCAUAAUGACAUUGCCAAAUAUACAACACAUAAAAAAAACCCAACAUAGGUUAAAAACAGUCUGAAGUAUUUUAUAUUCCAAGCAACUGCUAUUAUUGUAAAGAGGAUAAAAAGAGACAGAAUGAAAUAUUAAAAUACAUCUUCAAAUAAAUACUUAAAUAUGUCAUUAAUUAAUUAAAAUGGCUAUUGAAUACAUAAAUGUGUCAUUGAUUUAUUUAAAUACCAGUUCAUUCAGUGUAAAAACAUAUAUAAUUAUUUCACUAUUGAAUUAAUCAUUUUAUGGACCUGUGUUUCAGAGAUUCAUGAAUUUAGUUUGUCUUUCAAACUCGAAACACAGUUACCUCUAUUCUAUUUCAGAAUGAAGUCCAGCUUUUCUUUUGCUGCAAAGUUAUAUUUAUUCCCCUAAUUGGCUAUGGUAAUGUUUUAUAUUUAUAUAUAUAUGCAUGCAUUAAAUCCAAGCCCUCACAGUUUACCAUGGAUCUCCGAGGUUCAUUACAAAUCUGAAGUCUCUCCCUCACCGCUCUUCUCGGCAUAAUGAAGUUGGCCGGCCUGCAUUGUCUACUUGCACGUCCUCAUUUACAAGGCGGUUCUUAACUUGCUGCCCUCUUAUUUAUUAAUGUAAUUAAUAUGAAACAUGUUGAAAGCUGCAGUCUGUGCUCGGUGAGUCAGACUCAGGAUUUAUUUUUGCUGUCUGUCUCCGGAGUCGUCUUGGAAUAGGGACACCUUGAAUCACGUCUUAGUAACCAGGGAGGGGACAGGCACGGCCCUUUUAUACUGCUGUGACUCCACAUCCAUCAAUACUGGAGAAAAUAACAGUAACUGUAGUUUUAUUGUGAUCACAAAUUACUACUACUAAUGAUAAUAUCACCCACCCCUGAAUUACAACUGUACAACUUUGGGAUCUUCUUCUUGUUCUUCUUGCUAUGAUACUAAUGUUAUUAUCAUGACUAACACCUACUGCUAAUCAUCAUAAAGUAGUACAUGAAUUGAAAAAAUCAUCAUUCAGAGAGCAGGAUAAGAUGAGAAUAUCCAUCUACUUACCAGACACUAAUAUGAUUAAAAGCUUCCCAUUCUUGUCAAGGAGACUCUGGAAGAAGCUGAUGGUAGCUCCAGGAUCCUUUACGUAGUAGAGCAUCUGUUUCAACAAAUAAAGAUAGUCAGUAACUGCAUAUAUACAUAUACAAAACUCAUUUGUUCCCGCCUCUUGGCUUAGCAGUCAAACAAGGGAUCAAAAGACGCCAUGACAGAAAGGAGAAAGAAAGGCUUUUCAAAAUCUAACAGUUGACUUGUUGGAUCUACAUGAAUGUUUAUUUUAUAUUUAUUUAAAGUUAAAAAGCUGAAUUUUGUCCAAACAUAAUUCUCUCUCCAGUCCCAGCUCACUCUCAGCAGAUGACUGUCUGACAUGAGUCUGGUUCUGCUCGAGGUUUCUGCCUGUUAAAGUUUGUUUCCCUUCACCGUUGUAAUUUUCUAAAUGCUGCAAAGGGCUCUGCUCAUGGGCAACUGAGGUAGCACAGGAAUGACUCUUGUCUUACUAGAUAAGACUCAAGCUUAUCUUGAUGGAUCUGUCAAUAAAAGAUAAGAGUACGGUCUGGACAGGGGAUAACAUUUGAUGUGGUUCGGCUCGAUAUCAAAACAGAAUAAUUUGUGCAAAUAACCUCAAGGUAAACACAGUUCAUUUAAAUGAACUCUAUAAACACAGAGGUUUAAUGAUAGUUAAUCAUUCUAUAGAGUUAAAGUUUCCAGUCAUGUGACCACCUGUUCAAAGUCUGACAGUCAGUCUCCUCCGAGUCCAAGUCCAGUGAAAGACUUUAUCACAGCCAUUUAAAGACACAGACUACUUCAGAUCAAAUCUUUUGGCUCUUUUUUGGUACCUGCUUAUGAUACUAAGAGGAUCACAUCUACAAGAGCUGGUUCCUGCUAUGCUGCUGCUAGUGUUGUAGUCGUGUCACCGAACCCCAGGUCACAGUAGAAUCAGGAGUCUUCAGCAUUCAAGUUUAAACUGAGUCUAAAUCACCAGACUAAGUUGACUCCUCAGUAUCUAUAUUAUUAUUUAUUGCAAACCAGGCUAUUGUGCGAAACCUAAAUGACAGAUAAAGCUGAGUUAUUGCACUUAUCCGGGGUGAACUUCGUCUGGACUCAGCUGCACAAAAGCAGAGACACGUCCGUUACCAUGGAGACUUCUACUAUGCAGCAAGCCUGCUCCAGACCAGGCCAAGAGCCAGGCUUGUUUCAUCGUGGUGCCGGCCGUCUCUGUGCUCAAAGAUGAACAUGUUUUACAGUUACCACACGCUCACUUCUAUCAGCCUCCAUUAAACCAUCACUAAGUCAAACAGUCCUGUUAUUUUGAUCGGGUUUAGAGGCUCUAAAGGUCAAUGUUCUUAUCCUGCUGUUAUUCUCCUUGACGCUUGAAUCUCCAUUUUUGCUAUCUCAGUUUGUUUUUAAGGUGAUCUUUGUACAGAUGUCAGACAAUUCAGUGAAUUUGGUAAAAGAAAAUUUCAUCGUCUUUGACAUCUUUUAUUCUCACUGUAUUUCCUGCAUGAACAACAACGUUCUCCUUUAACAAGGAAGGCAUGCACCUUCUCUGUGUCUGUGUUAAUUAUUCUGCAAUCAAGUUUGAAGUCUAUUAAAGAAAGCUGUGAGACCGCACUUGCCGGAGUUACUUCCACCUGGCUUGGCAGAGCUGCACCUCCUCACUCUGGUUUGGCGAAUGUGCCAAAUGCCCCAGACUGAGGAUGAACUGAUCAAACCGGGUCAAGCUUCAUUUUUUCAAAAUAAAGUUCUUAAUUCUGUUUUUGUGCAACAGCCCUCAGGAGCUCUUAGACUCAAAACUAUUGACUGUAUGAACAUGGACUGACUGUAUAAACCCAGACUGUCUGUGACAUUUUGGAUGUGCAGAAAACACCAGUGUUUCAUAAAUGUUAGAUUCUGACAGAUCCUGUCCACAUGUCUGUAGAAAUUUAAACGAUCACUGAGGCUACAGCAUUGUGUGUCAAACAUUAAUGUACUUCCUGCCCUCCUUAAUAAGGAAACAUGCUCAUUAAUUCUGAUGCAGUGGGAUAACUGCAGGCAACAAACUCAAAAGUACCUGCGGCCCAACUAUCAGUGGUAGUUUUGUUUCUGAGGGAGGCUAAUGUUGCUGUUAGUUUGAUAACAGUAACGUAAUCAUCUCAUUGGUCUUUGUCAGAGUUUGAGCUUAGACCCUCUUCAUUAGUUAACAUGUCUGAGUCCUUCUCUCCAUCUUCAGAGCCGUAAUGGAGCCAAUGCUCAAGACCUGCUAAAGUCCAAGUCACGAGUCCUGAUAAUCAGGACUCAAGUCAGGCCCAAGUGUGAGUCACGGACUCAACUUCUACAAGACUGGCCAGUUGCCUCUGGUAUGACGAAGACCUUUCCAACCAUCAUCCUCUGUGUGUUCAGAAGUCCUCCAUCUGCAGCACAAACCUGGAUCAUGUGUAUGAAGUCGGCCUUCUUCGUCAUCUUCUUCUCCUUCCAGUUCUCUUCAAACUCAGAGGAAGUCAUGCAGUUCCAGGUGAAGUUGAUGUAGUCCAGACCAGGAGUCUGUCCCACCAAAACUGCACCAGAAAAACCAAACAGAGGAAAGAGAAGGAGCUGAAACAUCACCGUAAUUACAAAACAACACUGACUCAGUCAAAUUCAGUCACUGGAACUGUUUGUUAAUGUUGUGAAUAUAUCUCUUAAUAAUGACACAAAGUUCGAACAAAAACACUCGUUUACUUUGGAACUAAAAGCUCCAGCAGGAGGUUUUUUUUUUCUCGCUGUUUUAAUAGGAGCAGUCGUAAUAAUUUUUUACUUAGUACUUGAUCUCAUAAUUAUUAAUUUAGCCACACCUAAAAAACAACAAAUAAAGUUUGGAAUUGUAGCUGUUGAAUGCUCUGAUCUGUUCUAUUUCAUUAAAGUCAGGUAUCUGAGAUUUCAAUGGCAUGUUAGUAUAUUUUAUUUUUUUAAUGAGAACAUUUUUAGGCUGAUAAAAUAGCAUGAAAAACAGAGACAUCGUUUCAUAAACGUAAAGCUAACUUUGUCUUUUAAACACGACUGCAGCCCGUGAAUCUGCACCUUUGUAGUUGUGAAGCUGCUGCUUGCUCGGCUCCACCACCUCAUUAUCCACCGUCGCUCCUGGGUACUUCAGGUGGAGCUUGGACAGCAUCUCCAGGUCAAUCUCACCUGUGGCACCACACAUCUGUUUUACUGAAAACUGAAAAUCUCUCUUUGAGGACAUGAAUGAUAAAUCUAAUGAAACUAUGAUCCAAAAAAACACGUCUGUCUUACAUCCAAGGAGUUAACACUGUGAAUCUCUUAUGGUACCGUUGACACCAAAGUGAUUAUGUAUGCAGAGUUACAUUAAGGUAAUAAAGCUGAACACAGCGACAUAUCUUCUCCUGUAACACCACCACUAUCAUCAUGAAACCAACAGCUCAUGUUCAUUUUAAAAGAGGUUAUAACACUCAAUGACAAGUCGCAGAUUUACUUAGAGACUAAUUAACCUCUCAUAUCAUGUUCUCUGCAGACAAAGUGCAGGUGUUUACUUCGUCAGGGACUCCAGUUAAAGAUUAAUCUGAAAACUCAAUAGAUGCAGAAAAAUUCUUCAUAGCAAUCACAGGGAUGAGGGUUUGUACUGCUGCACAGACUCCUUAUAUACAUUACAAGGAGUUAGUUAACAGAAAAGUGAGGUUUUAUAAGAGCGCCAUGGUGCGUGUUCUUACCAGCUCCACUUCCAACUCCAAUGACAUUCAGAUGAGACUUCCCAUCUCCUAUGCUGAGCGGAGAGCAGAGAAAACCCUUUAAGUCUUCAAAACAAUAAAGUGAAGGAAUCACAUCAUCCAACCUGCUGAAUUUGGGUCACAUUUUGGAGAAUAUGAUUCUGUCGAUUCUGCCGCUUGGGUGGGUGAGACUGUCUGAUCUAACGUUCCUCAUAGCUUUGAGUGUAGCUGUGGUAUUUUCUGUGGCUCAUGUUCUGAAUUCUAAUCACCUGUUUUCUUUAUUUGACUUGAGAGUCUGGUUUCUUAAGUUCCCUCUGUGAUGUUCUCUCCACACAGUCAGUGGAACCUCCAGGAAAACUGGAGAAAGUGGGGUUUCGUUUUCAGUAGCAUGACAAAGAAGUUUAAGCUUCCUUAACAAUUAAUAUGCCCUUUUUUUUUACACAUGGGUACUCCUUUUUAGAUCCUGAGUAAAUGUGUGUACAUGUAGUCAGUUGCUCAGUUUUGUGGAUACACUUUAUCACAGUAACAUGUAUGAUAUUAACCCUUAAUAAUGCUGACAGUUUGUUUUGGAGUUCAGUCCUAACCGUAACUCCAGCUGUGGACACAAACUGCCUUUUUAUAAACUGACAUGUUUCUAUAACAGAGUUUAUUAAAGGGGACCUGCCAUAAAAAUGUAAUUUUGGGGGGUUUUUGUGUCAGAUAAGGUCCAUAUUAUGUUCGUCUUAUGUUGUAAAUGUGAAAACAAACCGUUACGUCGUUUGCAUUCUGUAAAGGUUUAAAAUCAAGGAACGAGUAAACCAGGCCAAUAGAAAAAGCCCGUCGGUGUUACGUUGCGCCGACCUUGCUCAUUAUUAUUCAUGAGCGCGUCCCCGGUGAGCCGCGCCCACUCUCUCGUUCUCGUACUCAGUCACAGCCAGAGCGAGACCCAGCUACCGCUGUAUCCGCUAUGGGUCUCUUCCAAACGACCGGUGUUUCCUUCGGUUCACUGCCGGGAAAAUGAACUUAAAGCCGGGCAGAAUGAAUGAGAAAACACCGCUGGAGAUCUCCGGCUUCUUCCUCAACUUCCACCUCCUCUUCGGACUCAGGGUCUAAAAUAUAUGGUUUAAUACCUGCCGUUUUUAGCCUUUAGCAUAAGGUGACCAGACGUCCCCGAUUUCCGGGGACAGUCCCCGUAUUGGAUGAUCUGUCCCCGGCAAAAGCUGUCCCCGAAAAUGUCCCAUUUAAGCGUUUCAUGAAUGAGAGCGAAAAUGUUGCGUGUGGGCUCGAACAACGGUUAUUACAGUAGCCGAAUUUAGUUAGCAGUCCUGAACAACAGUUCUUACGGGGUUAUUACAAGGGGCAUGCGCUGCUACUAAAUAGUACCGAGAUUUUGUCUGUGAUCUCACAGCCCCUGCAGCCCCUGCACCGCCGCCGCCGCAUCGAAUAUCCCCGGAUAUCAUUACAGACAUCUGGGCACCUUACUUUAGCACACAUUAGCAUAUGCUAUUAGCAUUAGCAUAAUAACAGUGGAUAAACCGAAAUCCGAACCUCCACUGCUGAGCCAAUCAGAGCACAGCAGGCUUCACAGCAGCGAUCCAAUCAGAGCAAAGCUCAUUACCAUAAAUGUUAAUGAGCCAAAACCAGUUGGUUUUCCUGUAAGGUUUUUUAGGCAUACUAAAACAAACCAUCAAAUAACUUCUCAGCUAAAAUUAUGUUGCAAACAUGAUCAGAGGACAUCAAGGAUUAUGAAAAAUUGAUAAAAAUGGGGAUGAAAUUUUGGCGGCAGGUCCCCUUUAAGGAUAUUUUCUGUAAAUCUGUGUCUAUUCUGAAGUAACACAUUGAAAAUAACACAAUCCUCAAAUGCAAAUGUUAUUUAGAGUGACUUAUACAACAGUUUUAGAUAUUUUACUUUUCUAUUUUAUUAUCAGUCGUGUUAAAUAACCUGAUAACCUGCUCAGACUCUUGAAUAUCUAUAGUCAUGACUUCUCUGUACAUGAGUCCACCUGUCCUCUGAUGUUUUCGUUCCUGUGUGGUCAUGUCGACUCUUUGUAGACGUGGAUUUUGCAGAUUACCUGGCCAGUAUAUCUGGCAGCACAUUGUUGAUGAAGUCCCGCAUACACUGAUGCUCAGAGGAGCGCUCUAGGAAGAGCUGAAAGGAUCUCUGGUACCUGCUGUCAUCAUGAACCAGACUCCGGAGUGAAGAAGAUGCCAUCGCAAAAAUCUGGAAAGACAAACCAAACAAACCUUCAACAUUUGCACAAACAGCAGCUGUCAGCCAGUCAGUGUUUGGUGUGUCCAUGUGUCGGGAUUUCAAUUUAGGAAACAUGUAACUGCAGAUGAAGCUGCUGCCUUUGCAUGGAGACACUUGGACCUGAGAAAGUAAGUAAACUUUAUUUGUAUCGCACUUUUCACAGACAAAAGAGUCACAAAGUGUUUCACAUGGACAAAAAUAAAAAUGUACAUACAGAUUAAAAGGCCAAGACAACAACAUUUAAACAGUCAUAGUGGCCCUGAAAACAAUUCAACAAAAGCCUGAGUAAAUAAAUAAGUUUGAGUUGGUUUGAGUUAAAAGAGUCAACAGAAUCAAUGAAGUGCAGAGAUAGAUGAAGAUCAUUCCAGAGCCUGGGUCAAAGACAAACAGUUUAUUAAAUGAAUUUAUCAUCGUAUUGUUGGCCAACAAAUCAAGACGCGUAAGUAUUUAUUUCUAAAAGACCAGAACCAUUAAAACCGGGUCUACAGCUGCAGGGUCGCCUCCAUUUUUCGGAUAUUACAAACCCAGACCUGCUGCUGUAAAGUGCACACUUCACAGACCAGCUGUGAAUGUGAGCAGGUCUGCGGGUCCUGGUCUUCACAGUCCGAACCUGUUUUAUUUUAGUGAAAACAGACAAACUGAAGACUGAAGACGUAAACCGAGCCUGACGUCUUCGGUGUUUCACGAAGUUCCUCCCCCGACAGAUGUCUGCUUCCUGCCUGUUAUACAGAUUACAGAGAGACGUGUUUGUGCGGAAAUCUUCAGAAUUCACUUACAUGUUUUCAGCGUUUCGGUAGAGAGAAGCAGGUUUCCUCAAGAGCUUCUCACAGAACAGCUUCCCUGUUAGGCAGGGCUGAGUGUGGAGAGACAAACCCCCAGGAGACACUGAUCCAAUGAAAGGACAGCACGUGGUUUACCGGGGAGAAACUCAAAGACACAGUGUCUCAAUAGUUCCUCUGUCUUUGGUUAAAGUGGUGUCUGAGACAAGGCUGAGACACAGUGAAUGGGAUUAGUGGUCCUCUCUUGUUAAUACAUUAGUAUUGAAACACUGCUGUUUGUUUGGUUCAUGAAAUUUCUGCCUGAUUCUUGUUUUUGUUUUUUUCUUUUUCUGUCUGAAUCUGCAGAAAUAAAAAUAUAGUUUCUGGUUAAAUAGAGGUGACACGAUAAAAAGGGUAUUCUAUCAUCCAUCAUUUUUCAUCAAUAAAAUUGUCGACAUUUAAUAUCAAAAAAUUUAUGACUUCAGUAGUUUUGAGUUUUACCCACCAGCUCACCGUCCAUUAUCUUUGACAUAUUCCUUUUCCACCAAGUCUGCCCUCCUAAACCUCACUCUGUAUCCCCAAAGACAAGUCCUCAGGUGUAAGCCCAUACAACCAUAAGAGCACCAAUAGAGAAUCAUUGAGGGGGGGUUUACCUCCCCAGCUCUCUUAUCUUUCCUGAACUCUUAUUUACUGCUCUCUCCGCUGCAUUAUUAGUCCUGCUGGAGAUAAAAGCGUGCAGCAUCUACUUUACUGUAAAUUGGUUGUACUCUAUCAUUGAUUUAAAAAUGAACAUCAAUGUGAUGAACUGUCAAUUAAAAAAGCUUUAAAUAACCUUUUUGUUGAAGAAAUCUUGUGAAGCAAAAAAAAGGUUUAGUUGUGUACUUGAAGAAAAGCUGCCACUCCUAAAACUUCAUGAAAGUUCUUGUGGGAAAUUCAGAUUUGUAAAAAAGUGAUGCUCACAGACCAACGGUGCCUUCUUAGAGUAUAUACUGUGGUAAAUGUAAAAAAGGCAGAUGAUCACUACAGUUAUUAUCUACCUUGUUUUCUACAGCAGCGUUGGUUUGCUUCAUUCGAUCAUAAAGAGGCGUGACUGUAAGUUUUAACCUGCUUCAUGACAGUCAAAAACAUCACAGCUGACUGCAGAGCUGACAUGUCAGGAUGGAUGUUCUUUACAUCCUGCCAACACUGUUGAACAGAGUUCCUCAAUCAUGCAUGUUCAAAAUGCAGUUUCUCCUGCCUACAUCAUGGUGGCAGCAGCGCUCUGUUCCUGGUCUGAUCAUGUUACCCCUGCUGGGACCGGUCUUGUUACGUCACCGAGGAAGAGGAGGGCUGACUGUGAAGGUUUCAGGAGAUGUAAACUGCUGUGAUUUUCUAAUAAAGAGUAAAACUGAUUUUUCUCAGAGGAAAA